CCGACAUUGGCGAUCAGUAAGAAAGCCGGUAAGCAGAUUGGAUUUCGUCGAAGGCAGCCCUGUGUUUGCAAACUUGGAUUUCCGAGCGGCGACUCCGCCUGGCGUCCUUUGUUGUGUCAACCAUCAAAGUCAACACGAGGUCAACUAAACACGAGGAUUCUUCUCAGUCACUGUCGACGAGCUGUGAAAUGUGUGUCGUAUAUUGAAACAUUCCCUAUUCAACGUAUAUAAUUUAUACUUGAUUCAUGGUACAAAGCAAAGUAUUCAAUUUUUACUCGUAUUUCGAGAAAUUUGUUACUUUGCCAUAACACGGAUGCAUCGUCCGGAAUUACUUUGUAGUAAACAAAUAUGAGAGUGAAAACCGUGCCGAGGCAGAGGAUAUCUCAAGGUAACGCGAACGUUGGCUCGGUGUCUGAAACGGUUACUAGAAAAAUUGAAAAUUCGGAACAACGCUCGAACGAUGAGGAAAAGGAAGUGUCAAAAGGCGAGAGCGAUACGUUACUCGAGUCGACGGAUUCGGGCAGAGAUCAGUCGAAAGAUCAUCUAUCCGUGAAAGUCAAGGAGAAGAUGGAAACAUCGAUCCAUUUGGAAAAAGUGUUGAACAUGUCGAUCAAGAUCGAAGAGGAUUCGGUGCUUCUCAGCUUGAUAGCUGGUCCAAGUUGCAAUUAUUCCAACUCGCACUCAAAGAGAGAUACAAAGGAAUUUGUUAGCAACGACGACAAUAACAAUAUAAUAACAUCGGAGACGGAAUCGGAAAAUUAUUCCUGCGUUGCCGGCUGUUCGAGCAAAGAAGAUUCGGAAUCGUGCGAAAACAAAGACGAAGAAGAGAGAGAGGAGGCUCUUAAUUUGUGCAAAAGAGAUUGUCAGGAGAAAGACGUGUCGAAUCACAAUGUGGGAUCCGAUGAUAAGUUAAAAGAUACUUUUCUUUAUAAAAUCAUGACAGAUCCGACGUUCCUAGAUAAUAUACAAAAGAACAAACAGACGAAGCGGUACAUGUGCGAAUUUUGUAAGCAAGCGUUCGGCAACAGCGACGAGUUGGCCGAUCACAUGGACGUGAAGAAGGACGAGUCGAAUCAGGUGAUAUGUUGCGCGUGCAAAAAAACGUUCGCCCAGAAACGGUAUCUAAGAUACCAUCAGAGGUGUCAUUCGGAGAGGACCAUGUUUACCUGCGACAUUUGCACCAAGAAAUACACCAGAAUGGACAAUUUGUCCAGGCACAACGCGUUCCACGUGAACCCGGACAAAUUCUCGUGCACCUUUUGCGAGAAGACAUUCGCGAGGAAGGAUCUGUUGAACAAGCAUUUGAAAAGUCACGACAAGAAUCGUUACAUGUGCGAGGUGUGUCAGAGACAUUUCAAAGGCCCGCUUACGUUGGAUAAUCAUAAAAAGAAUUUCCACUCCAUCGUAUAAUAUAUAUAUAUAUAUAUAUAUAUAUAUAUAUAUAUAUAU